AGAGUGAACACAAGAACAGCACACAACACAACUCUCCGAUUCCUCCCUCAUUCUCUCUCUCUCUCUCCACACCCGCAACUCACACAAGACUAAGAGAGAAAUCGAAUUGAAUGGAACGUGAGAAGGAGAAGAAGAAUGAAGAGAGAGGAAGCACACAACACAGGCAUGAACAACAAGAGCAGCUAGUUGCCCUUUACAGAGUGUAGUUACUCGCUCCCACCAACCAACACUCUCCACCGGUUCUCCAUUUCCCUUCCCCCCCACCUAAAUUAUAUAUAUAAAACCCUACUUUCUCUUUCUCUUUCUCUUUCUCUCUCUCUUACCCACACACACAGCACAGCAAAGAACCACACUCCCCAAUCCAAUGCUAAACUUCUCUACCUAGGGUUCCCCUUUCUCUCCCCCUUUAUCUCUCUCCGAUGAAUCCCUUCCUCUCAAUUCUCUCUCUCUUCCUGCUAUUCCACACCGCCUCCUCCGCCUCCUUCCUCGAGCUCCGAUCCCUCCUUGAAUUCAAGAAAGGCAUAACCGCAGAUCCCCUCCGCCGCGUCCUCGACUCAUGGAACCCCUCUGCCGUCUCCGCCUCCGUCGACUCCUCCAACUGCCCUACCUGGGAGGGGGUCGUCUGCGACGAGGUCUCCGGAAACGUAACCGCCAUCGUCCUCGACCGCCUGUCCCUCGGCGGCGAGCUCAAGUUCCACACUCUCACUGACCUCAAGAUGCUCCGCAACCUCAGCCUCUCUGGUAACCAAUUCACCGGUCGCCUCCCUCCCUCCCUCUUCACUCUCACCUCACUCCACCACCUUGAUCUCUCACACAACGCCUUCUACGGCCCUAUCCCCGCGCGGAUCAACGACCUAUGGGGCCUCGUCCACCUCAACCUCUCCCUUAACCGCUUCAAGGGUGGCUUCCCCAGCGCCCUCCAAAACCUUCAGCAACUCAGGGUCCUCGAUUUACACUCUAAUGAGCUUUGGGCUGACGUAGCUGACGUCCUUGCUGCCCUUCGCAGCGUAGAGCACGUUGAUUUGAGCGCAAACCAGUUCUACGGCGGCCUCUCCCUUUCCGCCGAGAAUGCCUCCUCUAUUGCCAACACCCUGCAUUUCUUGAACCUCAGCGGUAACGUUCUCAACGGUCCUUUCUUCAGUGGGGAAUCGAUUAAGCUAUUUCGGAACUUGGAAGUGUUGGAUUUGGGCGAUAACUCCAUCACAGGGGAGCUUCCCUCUUUUGGACCGUUGCCGAGCCUCCGGGUCCUGAGGCUCCGCCGGAACCAGCUGUUCGGGUCUGUCCCGGAAGAGUUGCUUGAGAGCUCUGUUUCGUUGGAAGAAUUGGAUCUUAGCGGCAAUGGCUUCACUGGCUCAAUUGCUGUAAUCAACUCUACAACUCUGAAUAUUUUGAAUCUUUCAUCGAACAGUUUAUCAGGCUCUUUGCCAACGUCUUUGAGAAGAUGUACUAUCAUGGACUUGAGCAGGAACAAUUUUUCUGGUGACAUUUCUGUUGUCAAGACCUGGGAAGCCUCAUUGGAGGUUGUUGUUCUGAGUUCAAACAAGCUGUCUGGAUCGUUGCCUCCUAUUUUAGGGGGCCCUUCUUCAAAAUUGUCUACAGUUGACAUAAGUUUAAAUGAGCUUAAAGGACCCAUUCCGGGUAGUUUAGUUAAUUUUCCAUCAUUGACGAAGCUUAAUCUUUCUGGGAAUCAACUUACAGGGUCACUUCCACUUCAAGGUUCAGGGGCAAGUGAACUAUUACUCAUGCCACCUCAGCAGCAGAUGCAAUAUCUUGAUGUGUCUAAUAAUUCCUUAGAAGGCGACUUGCCUUCUGAUAUAGGUAAGAUGGGAGGGCUCAAACUGCUGAAUCUAGCUAGAAAUGGCUUUUCUGGCCAGCUGCCAAAUGAAUUGAGCAAACUUGCUUAUUUAGAAGACCUAGAUUUAUCUAAUAACAAAUUUACUGGAAAGAUUCCCGAUAAGCUUUCAUCCAACUUAAAUGCAUUUAAUGUGUCCAACAAUGACCUGUCUGGUCGUGUUCCUGAAAAUUUAUCGAAGUUUCCAACUUCAUCCUUCCGGCCUGGAAAUGAAAAGUUAGUGUUACCGAAGAAUUCUCCUGAGACUUCUUCAGUGCCUAAUAAUAUUCCAGACAAUGGAAGACAUCAUAGUUCAAAGGGUAAUAUCAGGAUAGCAAUUAUUCUUGCCUCUGUGGGUGCUGCUGUGAUGAUUGUGUUUGUUUUAGUGGCUUAUCAUCGAGCACAACUGAAAGAAUUUCACGGAAGAAAUGAGUUCCCUGGUCAAAAUACUGGAAGAGAUGUCAAUGUCAAAUUAGGAAGACUUACAAGGCCUUCGCUUUUCAAGUUCAAUACAAGUGUUCAACCUCCUUCAACUUCAAUGAGCUUUUCACACGAUCACUUGCUGACUUCUAAUUCAAGGACCCACUCUGGACAAUCAGAAUGUAUCACUGAAAUUUCUGAGCAGGGCUUACCUCAGGGAACGGUAGCAACUAGCUCAUCAUCUAUACCUAAUUUGAUGGAUAGUCCUCCCACAUCAUCUGGAAGGAAGUCAUCCCCUGGUUCCCCACUGUCAUCGUCUCCCCGUUUCAUAGAAGAAAAGCCGGCAAUGUUGGACGUUUACUCGCCAGAUCGGCUGGCUGGAGAGUUGUCCUUCCUGGAUUCUUCCUUAGCAUUCACUGCAGAGGAAUUAUCUCGAGCACCAGCUGAAGUUCUUGGCAGAAGUAGUCAUGGCACUUUAUAUAAAGCUACUCUGGACAAUGGUCAUAUGUUGACUGUUAAAUGGUUAAGGGUGGGGUUGGUCAAACAUAAAAAGGAAUUUGCAAGAGAAGUUAAAAGGAUCGGUUCUAUGAGGCAUCCAAACAUUGUUCCAUUAAGAGCAUACUAUUGGGGUCCUAGGGAACAAGAGAGGCUUCUUUUAGCUGACUAUAUACAUGGGGACAGCUUGGCCUUACAUCUUUACGAGACCACCCCCCGGAGGCACUCCCCAUUGUCAUUCAGCCAGCGAAUAAGAGUCGCCGUUGAUGUUGCUCGAUGUCUAUUAUACCUUCAUGAUCGAGGGCUUCCGCAUGGAAAUCUAAAGCCAACAAAUAUUUUGCUACCAGCCCCAGAUUACAGUGCGCGUCUUACUGACUAUGGUUUGCAUCGGCUAAUGACACCUGCUGGAAUUGCAGAGCAGAUACUUAAUCUAGGAGCACUUGGGUACCGUGCUCCAGAACUAACAACCACAUCCAAACCAGUACCGUCAUUCAAGGCUGAUGUAUAUGCACUUGGUGUGGUCCUGAUGGAACUGUUAACAAGAAAAAGUGCAGGUGACAUAAUAUCGGGUCAGUCAGGCGCUGUCGAUCUUACUGAUUGGGUUAGGCUGUGCGAGCAAGAAGGGCGGGUAAUAGACUGUAUUGACAGAGACAUAGCAGGUGGGGAAGAAUCCUCCAAAGAGAUGGAAGAACUGCUUGCAAUAUCUCUGAGGUGUAUUCUCCCUGUAAAUGAGAGGCCUAACAUCAGACAAGUUUUUGAAGAUCUCUGUUCUAUAUCAGUUUGAAUUUUUUGUAUAUGUGUCUGCCAAUUAGUUUUUUUAUUUUAUUUUUUUGGUUCCUCGACCAAUCGUUAUUUUCUGAUUCUUUGUACCAUCUUAGCUUCUUAAUUGGUUUCGGGCCUCAUUUUGGGCUAAUCAUAUUCUUUUCUUCCAUUCUCUUUUUUUGUUUUGGAAAAAAGAAAAUCGAUAUUUCUUGUAAAGUGACAAUCGUUGAUUAAUCAACAGUGUUUGUGUUUGAUUUGAAA